CUGGCAGAGGGCAAUGCAUGGCGAGGAAACGUGUUUCUCAACCCUGCUUUUGGUGUACGGAGUGGGCAGAGCCUCCAAGGGCUAUUUUUUGGAAGAUGCGUGCGGGAGUAUCAGGCGGGGAAUGUGAGUCAGGCCGUGGUGCUAUUGAAGGCAGGUAUUGGCUACAGCUGGUUCAAUGAUGUGCUGGACUGGCCAGUGUGCUUUCUCCGGGAGCGCCUUUCGUUUGUCCGGCAGGUGGGCACUAGUGAUGAGCUUCAAUGGGGAGCCCGUGCGCAGAAUCCACACGGCAGUGUCAUUGCCUAUAUGGGGCCUGCCGUUGAAAGGUUUGCCACCUUGUUUAGUCGCAUUGGGAGGGUGCCAGGCAUGAACUCGUGGGCACUGUUCCCCCCACGGUAGGGGGCGAAUGCUUGUUGUGUUGUUUGCAAUGAGUGCCAGCGCUGGCAUUUGGUGUGAAGCAAGAAAUGCAUGGACGACUCUGUUGUUAGACUCCCCAACCUAGAUUCGGUGCUGCCAACUCAUAGAAGUUCCUUGUGUUUGAGUUUGUUUUGCUAUGGGGCGCGACUUGCAAGCAGAACUUCCUUGUGUUUGAGUUUGGUUUGCUAUGGGACGCGACUUGCAAGCAGAACUUCCUUGUGUUUGAGUUUGGUUUGCUAUGGGACGCGACUUAUAAGCAGAACUUCCUUGUGUUUGUGUUUUGGUUUGCUAUGGGACGCGACUUGCAAGCAGAACUUCCUUGUGUUUGAGUUUGGUUUGCUAUGGGACGCGACUUAUAAGCAGGACUUCCUUGUGUUUGAGUUUGGUUUGCUAUGGGACGCGACUUGCAAGCAGAACUUCCUUGUGUUUGAGUUUGGUUUGCUAUGGGACGCGACUUAUAAGCAGGACUUCCUGGUGUUUGAGUUUGGUUUGCUAUGGGACGCGACUUGCAAGCAGAACUUCCUUGUGUUUGAGUUUGGUUUGCUAUGGGACGCGACUUGCAAGCAGGACUUCCUUGUGUUUGAGUUUGGUUUGCUAUGGGACGCGACUUGCAAGCAGAACUUCCUUGUGUUUGAGUUUGUUUUGCUAUGGGACGCGCCUUAUAUGCAGGACUUCCUUGUGUUUGAGUUUGGUUUGCUAUGGGACGCGACUUGCAAGCAGGACUUCCUUGUGUUUGAGUUUGGUUUGCUAUGGGACGCGACUUGCAAGCAGAACCUCCUUGUGUUUGUUUGAGUUUCCAUGUAAGCAACUAUGGACAACUAAACCAUCCAUCCUUGGCCUGUUUUGCAGUCCUGUCAGUAUUCCAAGUUCUGCACCUGCAGCCUCAUUUUACAGCAGAACACCCAAUUCUAAUCCUCCAACUGUGUUCCCAAUCCUAUGGCAGCGACCUCAUCCUAAACUUGCGAAAGCCUGCAAUCCCCAUCCUGUCGACCAGGGUCCCAUCCCCAUCCCUGGCCAGGGCUCCCAAUCCCCUCCUUGGUCAAGGUUGCAAUCCCCAUCCCUCAGACAGGGAUCCCAUCCCCAUCCUCACCCCCGACAGCAAUCCCCAUCCCAAAAGUAG